AUGUCUCAGACCAACUGGGAAGCUGAUAAAAUGUUAGAUGUGUAUAUCCACGACUAUUUAGUAAAGAGAGAUUUAAAAGCUUCUGCUCAAGCUUUUCAAGCUGAAGGAAAAGUAUCCUCAGAUCCUGUUGCUAUUGAUGCACCAGGAGGUUUCCUAUUUGAAUGGUGGUCAGUUUUCUGGGAUAUAUUCAUUGCUAGGACUAAUGAGAAGCAUUCAGAGGUUGCUGCAUCUUACAUUGAGACACAGUUGAUUAAAGCACGGGAGCAGCAGCAGCAGCAGCAGCAACAACAACAACAACAACAGCAGCAGCAGCAACAACAACAACAACAGCAACAAUCCCAGCAACCCCAACACUCACAACAACAGCAGCAGCAGCAGCAGCAGCAGCAGCAGCACAUGCAAAUGCAGCAGCUUCUGUUGCACAGGCAUGCUCAGCAGCAGCAGCAACAGCAGCAGCAGCAGCAACAACAACAGCAGCAACAACAGCAGCAGCCACAGCAGCAACAGCAACAGCCACAGCCACAACAGAGAAGAGAUGGGGUCCAUUUCCUCAACGGAACUACAAAUGGGCUUGUUGGAAAUGAUCCUCUCAUGCGACAAAAUCCUGGAACAGCAAAUGCAAUGGCCACAAAGAUGUAUGAGGAAAAAUUAAAACUUCCACUUCAGAGAGAUUCUUUGGAUGAUGCAUCUAUGAAGCAGAGAUUUGGUGAGAAUGUGGGCCAGAUUUUGGAUCAAAAUCAUGCUUCAAUAUUAAAGUCAGCUGCAGCAGCCGGCCAGCCUUCAGGGCAAGUAUUGCAUGGUACAGCUGGUGGGAUGACUCAACAAGUGCAAGCUCGAAAUCAGCAAUUGCCAGGGUCUACACCGGACAUAAAGACUGAAAUCAAUCCAGUAUUGAAUCCCAGAGCUGCAUGCCCCGAGGGAUCAUUAAUAGGAAUUCCUGGAUCAAAUCAGGGUGGUAACAAUUUGACUUUAAAAGGAUGGCCCCUCACGGGUUUGGAGCAACUUCGCACUGGGCUUCUUCAGCAACAAAAACCUUUUAUACAAGCUCCCCAGCCCUUUCACCAGCUUCAGAUGUUGACACCACAACACCAGCAGCAACUUAUGCUUGCUCAGCAAAAUUUGACAUCACCUUCUGUAAGUGAUGAAAGUAGAAGACUAAGAAUGCUAAUGAAUAAUCGCAGUAUGGGUCUUGGGAAGGAUGGCCUUCCAAAUUCUGUUGGUGAUGUGGUUCCAAAUGUGGGAUCACCUCUUCAAGCUGCUGGGCCUAUUAUGCCUCGUGGAGAUACAGAGAUGCUGAUUAAGUUAAAAAUGGCUCAUUUACACCAGCAACAAAACAGUAAUCCACAACAGCAGCAGCAACAGCUUCAGCAGCAUAUUCUUUCUGCUCAGCAGUCGCAAAGUUCAAAUCUCAAUCCCCAUCAGCAAGAUAAAAUAGGCGGUGCUGGUAGUAUCACUAUGGAUGGUAGCAUCUCGAACUCCUUUCGAGGAAAUGAUCAGGUUUCGAAAAACCAGGCUGGGAGAAAGAGAAAGCAGCCAGUGUCAUCUUCAGGUCCUGCCAAUAGCACGGGAACAGCAAACACAGCUGGGCCUUCCCCGAGUUCAGCCCCUUCAACUCCCUCAACGCACACUCCUGGAGAUGUAAUCUCAAUGCCUGCCUUGCCCCAUAGUGGUAGCUCCUCCAAGCCUCUGAUGAUGUUUGGCCCUGAUGGUACUGGGACCCUUACAUCACCAUCAAAUCAGUUGUGGGAUGAUAAAGAUCUUGAAUUGCAGGCUGAUAUGGAUCGAUUUGUAGAGGAUGGUUCUCUUGAUGAUAAUGUCGAGUCUUUUUUAUCCCAUGAUGAUGUGGACCCUAGAGAUGCUGUUGGUCGAUGUAUGGAUGUCAGCAAAGGGUUCACAUUUACGGAAGUACACUCUGUUAAAGCAAGCACAAGCAAGGUUACUAGCUGUCACUUCUCGUCUGAUGGAAAGUUUCUUGCUAGUGGUGGCCAUGAUAAAAAGGCUGUAUUGUGGUACACAGAUACAUUAAAGGUAAAAUCCACCCUUGAAGAACAUUCAGCUUUGAUCACUGAUGUUCGUUUUAGUCCAAGCAUGUCACGUCUUGCAACGUCUUCAUUCGACAAAACUGUCAGGGUCUGGGAUGCUGACAAUCCUGGCUAUUCUCUCCGUACCUUUAUGGGACAUUCUGCCUCUGUUAUGUCAUUAGAUUUCCACCCAAAUAAAGAUGACCUUAUCUGCUCCUGCGACUCGGAUGGUCAGAUACGCUACUGGAGUAUUAACAAUGGCAGCUGCUCAAGUGUGUUCAAGGGUGGUACAGCACAGAUGAGAUUUCAACCCCGCCAUGGAAGAUUUCUUGCUGCAGCGGCAGAUAAUGUUGUAUCUAUACUGGAUGUCGAGACACAGGCUUGUCGGCAUUCAUUACAGGGGCAUACUAAGCCUGUCCAUUCUGUGUGCUGGGAUCCAUCUGGCGAGUUCCUUGCAUCUGUCAGUGAGGACUCUGUAAGAGUUUGGACACUCGGAUCAGGGGGUGAAGGGGAAUGUGUUCAUGAGUUGAGCUGCAAUGGAAGUAAAUUUCAUUCAUGUGUUUUCCAUCCGACGUAUACUUCCCUGCUGGUCAUUGGCUGUUAUCAGUCAUUGGAGUUAUGGAACAUGACAGAGAACAAGACAAUGACUCUAUCAGCACAUGAUGGACUUAUUGCUGCUUUGGCUAUGUCAACUGUUACGGGUUUGGUUGCUUCGGCUAGUCACGAUAGGUUUGUCAAGCUCUGGAAGUGA